UCCCAAUGGGUAACUCAACACACUUCACUCUCCCAUUUAACCUCGCCACUGUCCUCUCCUUUCUUCUCCACUUUUAAAAAACUUUAUAUAAUUUCUCCAUCAAAAAAAAUAAAUCUUUUUAUUUCCCGCAAUGAAAUUCGCAAAACUGAAUCCAAAACGUUUGUUCAGAUCCAAAGACCGUGCAACGGUCUCUAAAUCCACCGCUUCCUCCGGAUCCGCUUCGUCUUUCUCCUCCGGCGCCGCGGACGAGUGUAAUAAUCACUCCUCCGCCGUCACCGGAGGCUCCGUCACUCCCACCAGCAUACUCCCGGAGGUCUCAGCCGUUCAUUCUCCCUACUCGUACGUCGAGAUCCUCCAGGCGUUCAAGCUGAUCGACAGAGACAACGACGGAGCCGUCUCGAGGCACGACCUGGAGUCGUUCCUCACGCGCCUCGGUCCCGAUCCUCCGACGGAGGAGGAGAUCGACGUCAUGCUCAAGGAGGUGGACUGCGACGGAGACGGUACGAUUCGCCUGGAAGAGCUCGCCAGCCGCUGCGUCGUCGUCUCCUCGGAGGAUGAUAAUAAGUCUCGCGGCUGCUCGGACGAGCUGAAGGAGACGUUCGAGUUCUUCGACGCGGAUCGCGACGGUAAGAUCUCGGCCGAGGAGCUUCUCCGAGUUUUCUCGGCCAUUGGUGACGAGCGGUGCACGUUAGAGGAGUGCGAGCGCAUGAUAGCGGCCGUUGACGAUGACGGUAACGGAUUCGUGUGCUUCGCUGAGUUCUCGAGAAUGAUGGAUCUCCAGCGAUGAUCUCUUAAUUAAUUAGUUUAUUUUGCAUUUUUUUGUUAAAUGAAGCUCUUUUUGCCCUAAUAUGAGGGUUAUGAGUAUCGUUUUGUUAAGUUUGCCUGAGAUUGGAAGAACCGAAUAAAGUUUAGUGAGAGAUUAGACUGAUUAUUCCACUUGUUAAUCUCUUUUGUUUUACGUUACUUAUUUCAAAAUCAUAUUCUAACUCAGCAAUGAAAAUAAUAGAAUCUGGAAUAAAA